AUGGACGCCAUUAAGAAGAAGAUGCAGGCCAUGAAGAUCGAGAAGGACAACGCUCUCGAUCGUGCCGAUGCCGCUGAAGAGAAGGUCCGUCAGAUCACCGAAAAGCUCGAGAGAGUCGAGGAAGAGCUCAGAGACACCCAGAAGAAGAUGACUCAGACCGGAGACGAUUUGGAUAAGGCCCAAGAAGACCUCUCGGCCGCCACUUCCAAGCUCGAGGAGAAGGAGAAGACCGUCCAGGAGGCUGAGGCUGAGGUCGCCUCGUUGAACCGUCGUAUGACCCUUCUUGAAGAGGAGCUCGAGAGAGCCGAGGAGCGUCUGAAGAUCGCCACCGAGAAGCUCGAGGAGGCCACCCACAACGUCGACGAGUCUGAGCGCGUCCGCAAGGUUAUGGAGAACCGCUCCCUCCAGGAUGAGGAGCGCGCCAACACCGUUGAGGCCCAACUUAAGGAGGCUCAACUCCUCGCCGAGGAGGCUGACCGCAAAUACGAUGAGGUCGCCCGUAAGCUCGCCAUGGUUGAAGCUGAUCUUGAGAGAGCUGAGGAGCGUGCCGAGGCCGGAGAGAACAAGAUCGUCGAGCUUGAGGAGGAGCUCCGCGUCGUCGGAAACAACUUGAAAUCCCUUGAGGUGUCCGAGGAGAAGGCCCUCCAACGUGAGGACUCGUACGAGGAGCAGAUCCGCACCGUCUCUUCCAGACUGAAGGAGGCUGAGACCCGCGCCGAAUUCGCCGAGCGCUCCGUUCAGAAGCUCCAGAAGGAAGUCGACAGACUCGAAGACGAAUUGGUGCACGAGAAGGAACGCUACAAGACCAUCUCCGAGGAGCUCGACUCCACCUUCCAGGAGCUCUCCGGAUAUUAA